UAUGGAAACUCUGUGCGACUUCUGUGGAAUGAUGAUAGCGGUUGUUUACUGUAAAUCCGAUUGUGCCCGUCUUUGUUUCACCUGCGAUGGCUUCGUCCACUCCGCUAAUUCUCUAUCACGACGACAUAUUCGCUCAGUGCUGUGAGAUAAGUGCAACGCUCUCACCCCGCCAUUGCCUGCUGUAUGAAUCAUAAAUGUCCGCUCUGUCAGGCCUAUGGAUGGAACUGCGACCUUUGUUCCUCCAUGGGUCCCCCUAUUCAGGAUCUUCCUUCCUACUCUCCUUGCCCUUCCAUCCCUGAGUUUUCACGAAUUUGGUCUUCCGUUCUCGACGUCUCUUCCGAUGCUCCUUCUCACUGGCCCACCCCCUCCUCCAUCAAUGCCGAUUCCAUUUCUUUCUCCGAUGUUGAUUCUCCUCAAUUGCUCCCUGCUAAGUUCAAUGACUGCUCUAAGUUUGACCCCUGGAUCGCUGCUCCUGCUUCUUCCUUCACUCUGAAUCCUUCUUAUCACUUGCCUUUGUCCAGACCUCAACCCUCAUUUCUCUCCGACGACUCCAAUCUUCCCAAGGGUUGUUCCGAUUUGAAGGAUGUUGAAACUCAUGAGAACAAUGAUAUUUGCGAGGGUCUCAAUCUUGGCGAUGCUUCACUCAACUUGGAAACUGAGGAAGAGCUGUUUGGCUGUUCGCAAGGUACGAUGAAAUGCCAUUUUGGAGCUGGAGAAUUGGAAUGUUUUCUAAUGGGGAAAAACUUGUCUACUGAAUCUAAUGGCCCUGUUGAGAAUACUGUUGAGAAUCCUGUUGAGGAUUCAUUAUCUGGGCAACAAGAUUUUUUGGGAUUUCAAUCAUCUCAAGUCGGUCUUUCCAUGAACACGAUUCAAAAUGGGAAUUCAAAUUGUAUGGUUAUGAAUCCUAGUUGCAAUGGAAACCUCAACAUUGGAUUUCCUACUACUGCUCAGGUUCAUUCAACCAUAUCACUUUCACUCUCAAAUAUCACUGGCGAAAGCAGUGGUACAGAUUAUCAAGACUGCGGUUUAUCACCGGGGUUUUUGGGAGAAACGUCAUGGGACCCUAGCAUGGAAGCUAUUGUUCCACAAGUAAAGGAUCGGAACAGGGAUAAAGCCAAGAUGAGAUACAAUGAAAAGAAGAAAACAAGAACAUUUGGAAAGCAAAUACGAUACGCAUCUCGAAAAGCCAGAGCUGAUACGAGAAAAAGGGUUAAAGGCCGAUUCGUGAAAGCAGGGGAAGCCUAUGACUAUGAUCCUCUCGUGACAAGAAACUUCGAGCCAUGACCCAUGAACACAUCUCAAGGUCUCGUUCCCAAAACGGAAGGCAUAUAGAACAAGGUAUGUUUUUCUGCUCAGUACAUCAUGAAAUUCAUGUCCUGGAAUUUGAAUCUCAAUGGGUCUCGAACAUUUCUGUAGAGGUAAGAUCUGUCCAUUUGGUACAAUCGUAAAAUCAAUUACCAUAGUCCCACCUUCACUAAUUAACAGAAAGAUCACCUUCACGUGAAGAGGAAGAUCAUGAAUUUAUAUAAGUACAGAACAUUAUUUUCGUUGGUAUGAGUUAUAUGAGAGCUUAUGCUCAAAGUGGAGUACGAGUCAUAUGAGAGCUUAUGCUCAAAGUGGACGAUAUCUUACCAUUCUCGCAAAUCUUCCUUCUCUUCAUUUUAGAGGUAAACUAAUGAAUAGAAAGUAAUUAAAACGAGUGGCUGAUCAUGCAGUGUCCACUAUACGAACAGCAUAUUUGAAUAUGAGUGAUUUAACAACCAUUAACGAUGUGUUAUGGCUGAUAGGUUGUAAAUAAAGAUGUAGCUAUAGCCAGUACAAGCUUCGUAAGCGGCAGACUGUCAGCAAUCACUGUCCAUAACAGAGGAGUGGUUCUAAAUUGCCCGGAAGAGGUUGGGUUAUUUUUGUGCUCAAAUUGGUUGGUUCUUCGUUUGUUUAACAAGAUUUUUGUGUUUCCUCUUGAUUUGUACAGUAGCAAUGGUGAAAUAUAUCCAGUUAGUAAGAGAAAACAGGUGAUGAAGACCUUCGUGGGACAACCUUAGUCCAUGUGUUUUAGCCUCUUUCCUUUCCACCCACGAAAUCAUUGCUUAUUAGGCAGAGCUACAACUUUUUUUUUUUUUUUUUUUUUUUUUUUUUUUUU